AUGCCUACUCUUAAUGCUCACCGGACUUUCGAACCACCGCUAAUGCCUUCUCUUGUCGAUUUUGAGCGUCGCCGUUCAACCACAUCUUCACUCUCCCACCAUUCCGACUCACUGGGAGGACUCCAGUCACCACCACCCAGAAGCAGAUCAAGCCGACCCAAGAGCGCCAAAUUCUCAUCAUACCGACUACGCAGCAACUCUGGACUCACACUACACACUAAUGAAGAUGUUCUGCGACAGUAUACCGAUUAUCAUCCUGACGGUACACCACGUGCUGGACUCUACAGCAAUGGCGUGGGGCAAUGGUCUGGCGAGAGGUUGAGGAGUAUCGACUCAGUUGCAUCUUCGUCUAGAAGCCAAAGAUCCAGUAUCGCCUAUACUGAGUCGGAGAGCUCUGGCGAGUUGCCUAUUCCUGAUCUUGUCGGUCGCGAAAUGUUUGAUAUGGUCAUGGCCGACCACGCUGCUAGUGGACAAUUGUGGAAGUUUGCUGCCGAUCGCGGCGUCGGCCAGAAUGUCGACUAUCUUAUGAAGAUUCGCGACUAUAUCGCAUCUCUGGAACAAGUUGUCAUUCAACUAUCGACAAUCUCAACCUCCUACACAUCCAUCACAGCAACCUCACCACUUGGCCUUCCCUCACCAAUGUCCAAGGCUCUCAACACCAACAUCAAGCAUCUCACAACAUCUCUUAUCCCAAGUUUGGAAAACAUGUUUCUCGAGUCAAAGGCAUACAUCGAGCAGCGCAUCGUUAGAGAAAUAUUUCCCGACUUUGUCAAGCAACAGUUAUCACAAUGCACCAGUCUGGCUUUGUCCCUGGAUGCAGAAGGCGACUCGCCACUGAACCCCUAUCCAGGAUUGAAGGGUUCCUUCUGUCUAAGCGACCCUUCAAGAUCCGGAAACCCGAUCAUGUUUGCCUCUGAUGAAUUCGAGGAAUUGACAGGAUAUUCGCGAACCGAGGUCUUAGCACACAAUUGCCGAUUCCUUCAGGGGCCACAGACUGACAGGGAUCGCAUUGCUAACAUGCGGUCAGCCAUCUGGCGGAAUGACGAAUGUACAGAACUACUCCUGAACUUCCGAAAGGAUGGAACGCCUUUCUGGAAUCUUCUAUUCCUGUGCCCGAUGCUUGACAGCACUGGCAAGACAAAGUUCUUCAUGGGUGCCCAGAUCGAUGUCUCGUCUUCUAUUCGCGGCACCGACGAUGUUCUCAAGAUCUUGUCUUACGGCGCUCUCGAGGAGGAAAGGGCUACUGAGCGCUGCAGCUCCCGAUGGGCUGGCGAUACAUUGCACGAUGAGCCCGAACACGACGACACAUAUGAAGCCAAGAAUGACCACCAUUUCAAGGCGGCGAAGAAAGGAGGCUUCUUCAAGUCGUUUAAGAAAGCGCCUCCACCACCUCUCUCGCCACCCCUGAGCCCCCGUCGCAGUUCUGACAGACCCCGGUCAUCAGCCGGACCCACGGCCUCCGACAAGACCUUGAGCACCCGAAGUGUUAUCAGGAGAUUCUCCAAUCAGCCUGAAAUGCUUAUGUCAACUUAUGCUCGGUACAUGAUUCUCGAGCAUGUUCCAUCUUAUCCCAAAUCUCUCGGCGCGAUGCCACUGGAUCAGGAGAUGAAGUACCCGCCAAAGCUGUGCGUUUCCUUCUAUUCUAAGGAAAUGCUUGAGGCACUCGAUCUUGGCCAGGCUGCUGAAGCCAUUGUGGGCAAGGAUAUCUUUGAUAUCAUGACUGAACAAGCUACACUGCCUUCAGUCACGAAAGCGUUCAAGUCAACAGUUCGAGACCUUGUCGUUCGCGACGGAAAGUCAGUCUCACUCGACCUCACUCUUGCAAACCACAUUCCCCGCCGCGCCAACACAGCAAGGACAAUAAGUAGCGACAGCGGCGACGCAUCUCCCAAGAAGCCAGCCAAGUUAAUGAGCCACUGGACACCCCUCAAAGAUACCGAGGGUCAGGUCAAGUAUGUGGUCAUGAUUGUUUCACCAGUCUAA